AUGUCUCAGAGGAGGUACCUGUGUUCGGUAGCCGCUGAUGUCUCAGAGAGGUACCUGUGUUCGGUAGCCGCUGAUGUGCACCUGUGUUCAGCCGCUGAUGUCUCAGGGAGGUACCUGUGUUCGGUAGCCGCUGAUGUCUCAGAGAGGUACCUGGAGAGGCACCUGUGUUCGGUAGCCGCUGAUGUCACAGGGAGGUACCUGUGUUCCACAGCCGCUCAUGUCACAGGGAGGUACCUGUGUUCGGUAGCCGCUCAUGUCUCAGGGAGGUACCUGUGUUUAGUAGCCGCUGAUGUAUCAGAGAGGUACCUGUGUUUGGUAACUGCUGAUGUCAGAGAGAGGUUCCUGUGUCCGGUAGCCGCUGAUGUCACAGGGAGGUACCUGUGUUCGGUAGUCGGUGAUGUCUCAGGGAGGUACCUGUGUUUAGUAGCCGCUGAUGUAUCAGAGAGGUACCUGUGUUCGGAAGCUGCUGAUGUCGUAGGGAGGUACCUGUGUCCGGUAGCCGCUUAUGUCACAGGGAGGUACCUGUGUUCGGUAGCCGGUGAUGUCUCAGGGAGGUACCUGUGUUCGGUAACCGCUGAUGUAUCAGAGAGGUACCUGUGUUUGGUAACUGCUGAUGUCAGAGAGAGGUUCCUGUGUCCGGUAGCCGCUGAUGUCUCAGGGAGGUACCUGUGUCCGGUAGCCGCUGAUGUCAGAGAGAGGUACCUGUGUUCGGUAGCCGCUGAUGUCGCAGGGAGGUACCUGUGUUUAGUAGCCGCUGAUGUAUCAGAGAGGUACCUGUGUUCGGAAGCUGCUGAUGUCAGAGAGAGGCACCUGUGUUCGGUAGCCGCUUAUGUCACAGGGAGGUACCUGUGUUUAGUAGCCGCUGAUGUCUCAGGGAGGUACCUGUUUUCGGUAGCCGCUGAAGUCGCAGGGAGGUACCUGUGUUCGGUAGCCGUUGAUGCAUCAGGGAGGUACCUGUGUUUAGUAGCCGCUGAUGUAUCAGAGAGGUACCUGUGUUCGGUAUCUGCUGAUGUCAGAGAGCGGCACCUGUGCUCGGUAGCCGCUGAUGUCACAGGGAGGUACCUGUGUUCGGUAACCGCUGAUGUCGCAGGGAGGUACCUGUGUUUAGUAGCCGCUGAUGUAUCAGAGAGUUACCUGUGUUCGGUAGCCGCUGAUGUCUCAGGGAGGUGCCUGUUUUCGGUAGUCACUGAUGUCUCAGAGAGUUACCUGUGUUCGGUCUCAGGGAGGUGCCUGUGUUCGGUAGUAGCCGCCGUCAUGUCUCAGAGUGGUACCUGUGUUCGGUAG